AUGGGGAGAUUCUCAUUUCUUACGCUCUUUUUGUUCCUUACCGUCAAGGCAGCAAGCCAGAACCACACAGACCCUGGAAUAGAGACUUAUCCAACAGUCUUCAAAACUACAGGCUUCAACUCAACGGAGCAUGAAUUCGAUUUAGGAACUGUUCCACUUACUCAGUUAGGGCCUGGCGAGAUUGAUGAUCCUUGGAUCUCAAGACUUAUCGAUGGAUGUCCUCAGCGCUGUAGCGUCGUAGGUUCUGAUCCUGCCAACUGGACACUUCUAUACACCCAGCCAGCCCUCACGGAUUGCAAAUUGCCCCUACUGUUCGACCUUAACGUUCAAGGCACUGAGACCAGAUAUCCUAUAAUCCGCGCCUGCACAGCUAGCUCCGAAAAACCAAUACCCAAGCGUGCUGCCUCAUCCAUCCCCGUUACAAACAACUCAAACAAUAUCACAAAGAAUGCAACAGCUGAGACUCAGGAUUUAAUGCCCAAUACUAUGAAGCCCGUCUCCUCAUCCAUAUGUGGUGCAAAAGGGGCCAUUAUAGAUGUCCUCUUCACCAUCAACCCAUCCAUUCUCAAGCCAGGGGAUGAUACUACCUCCGCUGUUAGCAUAUUGUCAUCCCACCUUGCCAAUAGUGCUUCUUGCGGUGAAAAAAUUCUUCUCGCUAAACUGGGCUCCGUGGUCGUUGGUCUAUAUAUUGGUGCGGAUGUCCAGAUUACUGCAGCUGCUAAAACUAUCAAUAAAUUCGGGUAA